AUGUCGAGAUCGUUCUAUGUGGACUCUUUGAUCAUAAAGGACACUGCACGACCAACAUCCUUGAGCGAGCACGCAGCACAGGACUUUCUCAUCCCCAUCAGCAUGCACUCUCCCAGUGUCAUGGGCGUAACGGCACCCAUGUGCCCAUCUCGGAAGACCGGCACCUUUUGCGUCUGUCCACUGUGCGUUACCUCGCAUAUCCACUCGUCCCGGGCUGGCAUUCCGCUGCUGAAGGGACAGUUCCCUGGGGAAGCUCAGUUUUGCCAGAGGGUCGCACAUCAACAGAGUCCGGCGUUGGCCCACCCAGGACACGCACCUGUUUGCACGCCCACAUACAGCGUCACAGAUCCGCGGAGGUACCACUGUCUCUCCCUCGGCGCCUCAGACAGUGUGCACAUCCAGAACGGCAAGAGGAUGCGCACGGCGUUCACCAGCACACAACUUCUGGAGCUGGAGAGGGAGUUCUCCUCCAACAUGUAUCUCUCACGACUGCGGAGGAUCGAAAUCGCGACCUACUUGAACCUCUCUGAGAAACAGGUGAAAAUAUGGUUUCAGAACCGUCGCGUGAAACACAAGAAAGAGGGCAAAGGAACGCCGAGGAGCUUGCACGCUGGGUGUAAGUGUGCAGCCGGCAGCCACACGCACUACCCGAGGUCAGAGGACGAAGAGUCGUUAUCGCCAGCAUCAACAACAGAGGAGAAGGAGAUUUCCCCCAUCUAGGGAGGAAAGCUUGGCAUAAAAGACUAUUGCGCUCUUUAGCACUUAGUGUGGAUCCAUCCAGCAGAUCCAUAUGGUCGAUCGGAAACUUGGUUUUGACUUUAAAGUGUGUGCAAAACGUCACCGACGGACCAUUUGAACCGACACCACAGUUUCUCGCUGUUUAUAGGCCACAAAAAACUGUGAAUAGUUGUUUAUUACAAAUACCACUGUGGGUUGCACUGGAAGCAACUGAACCAAACUGUUCUGAUAUUAAAUGUUUACACCCAAAUUAGAUAGUCUACUGUGUGUAUUCCUACUUGAUGUUCGGGGCAGCCAACAGUACAGCCAUCUUAAUGUAAAUGUAGAGCAGUAGCCCAAAACUGUACUGGAGAUAACUGAACAACUGUGAAUAUGUUGGU